UUGCCAAUUGACAGUGUUUUCACGCUUGCCGUAGUGUUCGCUUCCUGGUGAUGUCGGGGAGCUUUUUCGAGGCCUGUCGUUGUGGAAAUACCUGCGGGAAGAGCAACUAGUCUCGGAAUACGCAAGUGAUAGGUGUCACGCGAGUUUCGCGAAAGGGUGGAUUCAUGACAGAGGCUGCUGUCUGAGCGACGGGGGUAAUAACCCCUGGGAAUAUUUUCGGUGACAGUCGCGCACGGUCAUAUGUUCCAUGUCGAUUUUUCGGUCAGCUCGGGAAGGUGGUGUCGAGACGUAUUUUCCGAUUAGAGUGAAGUAUUUGGUUGCGUGAAGAUACAGUGCCGAGUGCUGGUAGUGUUGAGGUUGGUCCAGACCUGGCUGCGGACUCGCGGGAGGUGUCGGUUUUCUAGGUGGCCUGGACCCUUUCGCGCGCAAUUUUACGUUGCCAGUUGUCAUUUUACGAGCAUUUGCCCAUCGCACGGUGAGUAGAAACCCCUUUGCCCGGCCAGUGAGCCAAGCGCGAGUUGCCCGCGGGCCAGGAGAGUGGUCACGCUCCGCAGUCGCCGUACGUGAAUAUGUGUCAGUCCAACCAGAAAUAAUUUCACGAUCCCGCGCCCGAGACCCACUCCCCAGCUGCAGGCUCUGCUGCUCGCCUGUCACAAGUGACCCAAGCAAAAUAGUCCGAAGCCAAUUUUCAAGUGUGAUAAACUCUGCGGACCGCCACCCCGCCCGUGCGCUGCCUUGUGAUGUGAAUAAAUUUCGUGUUUGUUUGUAAAUCGAUUUGAAAACUUGUACGGUGCGCGACGACGGCAAGGAGUUAUUUUCGGUCGUCAGUGAAAUUUCCUGUAAUAUUCGCUUUGAACUCUGGGCGACGUUCCGAGCGGCGCUGAUACUCAAAUUGCGCAACAUAUUUGCCGGUGCAAAAAUGAUGUGCUCUCAUAUUAUACAGUUUGCCGGAUUUUAUAACGCGAAUAUUGCCGAUAUUUUCGCAGCCACAAGUUCACUUGAAUGCAUUUCACGUCAUUCUCACAUAAAAUAAAAUGAAGAAUGCACAAUUCUUUGCAUCUUAUCUCACUCUAGUCAUUUUAAAGUAAAGUUGGAAUACGAAAUAACCAAUAAAUAUGUUUGUGUUGUAAACGUUAAAUCGUAUUUGGCAGUUGCAAUUCAUUCGAACGAAAGGAAAAUUGGUUUCAUUGACUGAAAUAUAAAACAAUUGACACAAAGUUGAAUAUAACGUGGACAAAAUGCCAAUCACCGGAACAACGUCGACAAAUGCCGAGAAAUUUGGUGCAAUUGAAGAAGAAAUCGAUUUGUACGAAGCCUUUGCACCACAUGUGGACACUUCCCAGAUCACUACUGUACCAGUAACUCCGCCAGGAAAAAAAGCUGCUCUAAAGUCCUUCUCGGAAAUUAGUCCACUCAUACAACAAGGACGAAAACGUGAAGUUAAAUUGGCAAUCCGUGAGAAUGCAUGGCCUGUCAAUUCUCCAAUUCGUUCACAACUAUGGCCUGCGUUAUGUGCUCAACAUCAAGUGGGAAAGGGAAUGCUGGAAGGAUUCUACUGGGAUAUGGUUAAUCAGGUUUUUGGAACCACCGAACUACCCGAGAAACCUAUUAUGUUACCACCAUUCGUCGAUUCAUCACAUUGCUUGCCAUAUCAUUUAACUCGUAAAGGACGGGCAGUCGCUGAUCGCAUUGUCAACGUCCUAGGAUAUGCAUGUCCUGAUAUUACGUACAGCCCGACGAUAUAUCCGAUCACAGCAGUUUUAUUACACUUCAUGUCAGAGGAAGAAUGCUAUCACUGUCUUGCGAAUCUAGUUGCUGCCAAGGAAAAAGUGUUCAUAACACAAACAAAACUUUUGUAUGAAGUGACAUGGAAAACCGUUCUGCAAAUUUCCAAGAAAUAUGCGAAAUCGGCUGUAGCACAUCUCCAACGAUUAUGUCCUGGACAAAAACUGGAACCAGUUUUCAUGGAUUGGUGCUGGUGGAUAUUAGGAGGACUUCCUUUUCAGUACUUAGUACGUGUUAUGGAUUGCUACUUUCAUGAGGGCAUAAAAGUCUUUUACCGUGUCGCAUUGGCGAUUCUUAUAUUAUUUCACAAGCAUACAACAACGAACAGCUCCGAUUGGAGUGUCGACAAUAUGAAAAACGACAUUGACAAUGCAUUAACGAAAUUCUGCAAGCGUAUGCCAGUAUCACCGGCAAAAUUAUUAAGAACUGCCUUCAGUAUAAGGGGACUCAGUUCGACAUAUAUAUCUAGGAUAUUUAUUAAGACUGAAAUGUUAUUAAAAAGUAGAUCGGUUUUAAGUGGGACUAAACAAUUAGUUAAAUCGCGUUCUAGCGAUAAUUUGCCAACAAGCCAAUCCCAAGUCAAUAUACAAAUGAUGUCACACACAUUAACAAUACGAGAGCGGGUGGCAUCUGAGACCUGUCGAAAUCUGGGAGCACAGUCGCCCGGUCAUAGGGUUUUGUCAAUGGGAGUUUUCCCAAUCCAAGCAAUAGAGAGUCUUAUUGCUAAUCAGGAUGAUCUUUUCACUCUCUGGUCUUGGCUGCCAGUUAGAAUCACAAUGUAUCAGCCCAUUUUGCUCUACACGACGGAAGAGCAUGGUUGCUCAUUGACAACUUUCUAUGUGCGCGUCGAGCAACAUGAACCAACGUUGAUGAUGAUUAAAACUUGCAACAACGAGGUCUUUGGAGCAUAUUGCUCUUCGCGAUGGUUUGAACGGAAUCUAAAAGAUGACAAAGGACAACGGCAAGCGUAUUUUGGAACAGGAGAAACGUUUUUGUUUUCUUUGUAUCCAGAUCGUGCCAAGUACCCGUGGGUAGGCAUUGAAGGUGACAAGGAGUUGGGUCAUGCGUGCGAAUUAUUCAUGGCUGCUGAUUCGAAAAUGAUCACAAUUGGUGGAGGGGAGGGGCAAGCGAUUUGGAUGGACGAGAACAUACGAUAUGGCAAAACGGACCACUGUAAAACAUUUAACAAUCCACCGUUGUGUCGAUCGGGAGAUUUCGAAAUUAGAGUUUUGGAAGUCUACGGGUUUGUUGGUGCCUAAAACUAAACUGAUUUGGAUUGGAGUGGAAUGGAGUUGAGAUUGAAACAUUAACGAAAACUGAACAAAGCACCAAACAAAAUUAAGAUUGAAAUAAUGCACGAAACCAAAUUCAUAUUCUUGGAAUAAUCGCAAUAUAUAAGAGAAAUAUAAUUGAGUCGCUAUUUUCUGUCUGUAAUAUGUCGUUAUAUCUAGUAUUAUUUAGCGUUUGUAAGCCAUUGUUACACUUCUUUGAACUUGUUGUAUUUACGUUGUUUUUCUGACAGAUUAGCUUGAGCUGCCGAUCGGACGGAGGCCCCCUGACAAGUCCCGUACUGAUCGGACAGCCAAAAUCCUUGGAUAUAUUGUAUUGUAUUGUAUUUAUAAUAUGUAUUAUAAACCUCUUGAACCCUGUAUUAAGCUAUUCUCACAUUUGUAAUCAUCGAAAUGUGCAAUCUUUAUGCCGACUUCGCUGUUUUUAUUAGUGACACGAAAUUGGAAGUUAUUAAUACUUGUUUCGCGCGAGACGACUUGGGAUAUCACGUGACAGACUCUUUUCACCCAUAAGUUGCUCAUUCGGAGAAAGUCUAAACACAAACGUAAAAUAGAUGUUCGUAGCUAGCGUGAAACCGUACCCUUCGCUUAGAUGAGAUUCGCAAUGUUCGCCUUUAACGAUGUAAGUAUCCUUUGUUGCUCUAUGUAUUGUUCAUCCCUAAAAUAGUUGAGUAAAUAUAAAGAAUAUGUGACAUAACGUUAUACCAAAAUUACAUUUAUACAUAAACACAAUAUUCGUUAUAUAUAUUAUGUAUUAAGAAAUGUUUUCUUGUAACAAACGAUGUAAGGUUAAAACGUAAACUUAGAAUGGAGAGUUUAAUAACCGAACUGUAAGCACCAAAAAUAAUGCCAUAAUUAUUGUUCAAAGAUGAAUGAAUAUUAACGCGUAGUGUUUAUAAUGAAGACAGUGAAUUUUCAUCACUAUUGUAAGUUUUCCAAUAUUUAACAUCGAAAAUCCAUGAAGCAGUCAGUAUUUAUUUGAAUUGUGUUAAAUUUUGUUAUAAAUAAAACUAAAUUGAUAACAGUUA